UAUCAACACCGUUGACUCUGGACACCAUCCUAAGAAUGUCCCACUUCACUAAUUGGAAGGUCUUCCGAGUAAGCAAAUGCUUGACGCCUCGUGACAAUGUCAGAGCUCCCCAUGAGAGGAAGAAAGAGAACAAGAAGCAAGAGGAUCUGCCUGAAGGCCAGCCCUUGCCUGAUGGGCAGAUGCUGCAGAAGGGGCAAGGUACCCAGAUCUCUAAGGACAAAGCCAAAGACAAAGGAGGGGACAAGGCUACUAAGGAAGGCCCAUAUAUUGGCAAAACAGAACCGCGAAGAGACGCCAAGGACUGGAAGCUGCCGAUCCCGCUGGGACCUGUUUAUCCACCAUUAAUCUCGAGUCUGAACACCACCAAAGCUGUAGGACGAAGCUGGGACUUUUCUCUUCCAAUAGCAAAGAGCUUACAAAUACAUGACGGCCCCUUCCGGCACUUCAUGGACAUGAAGGCAGAGAAGAGAUUGGCUGGCCGGAAGGAGCGCCGCAGUCGCUUUGGAGACAUCAACGUGCACAAGUGCUAUCAGUUUGGACAAAUCUUCUCCCCUUUCCAGGCCCUCACCACAACAGAAAUGCAAAGACUGGUAUUUCCCCAAGACCUGCCCAUGAGUCCACACCUACAGAAAAUGGGCAUUUCAUGCACCACUGAAGCGAAUCUCCAGGAUUUAUCCUUGUCUUCCAGAGAGUUGGGUAUGAAAAAAGAUGACAGCAACCAUGAGAAAGAGAAGCCAGCAAGUCACAUUAAGAUCCCUUUAUUCCCCCCAAUAGUUAAAGCAACAAAAUCUAAUGACAUGAAAUAAUAAAAAUUUUAAAACUG